GCCUCGGCAUACAUAAACUGUUUUUUUUUUUCACCUUUUAUGUUAGAUCCAAGCUGUGGUGGCGUGCUAACAAACUCGUCUGGUUUAAUCACGACUCCGAAUUAUCCAAACGACUACCCAGAUAACAUCACCUGUACUUGGCAGAUCUCUCCCGGAAAAACCCAUUUGAACGUAACCAUCGAGGACUUUAUGGUGAGUAGACAACAGAGAACUUUGUAAACAAGCUACCGUUAUGUAGAGGCCUAGAAAAACUCUGUGUUAUAACCACGCUUCUUCUUUUCGGUCACAACGUAAAAGAAUUCAGCCAUAAAAACAUUGUUUAUUCGACUUGUUUUUCCGUGGUGUUUGGGUGGUUGCAUAAAAUAGCCACGAAGUUUUAUUGUACAUUACUUUAUCAGCUGCGUCUCUUGCAUUGAAUCGAAGGGUUAUGCUAGAUGGUAGCUUGACAUGCUUACUGUAACUACGUUUAGCUUUCUUAAACUUGUUCCCAAGGUCUCUUUUGUCCUCACUUAAAAAAAGAGAGACUCAGGGAACGAGGGCGGACUUAACGUUGUUUAAUGACAUCACUGAAUAUAUAGAAGCCCAGGCUUCACGGGGACGACAACCUUAAGUUGGGCGAAGCGCGGUAAAGAAGACAAAAGACAAUGGUAAAAGGGACAAACCCAACAAUAUACUAUUGGAGGUAAUCAUUAAAUCUGAGCAUUAUCGUUUUAGCCAUCAACACUGUAUUUUAAACAUCUGGAACAGGCAAAGAUAAAAACAAUACAUAUGCAAUUUUCCACUCAAAUACCGCAUUUACUCGAAUAAGCGCCGCCCUCGCAUAAGCGCUACAUUAAGGGACAAAAACUUUGAUAAGCGCCGCGGCCGCGAUAUAAUCAAAAUCAAGAUGUUAAUUAUGUUAGUUUAAUAUGGAAAAAUAAUAAUAGCGUACUUAAAAAAUCUUUGUCGCGUCCAAAUUUCAAAUAAACGCGGCCCUCAAAUAAGCGCCGCCCUUGAAUAAGCGCCGCAUUUGAAUCGUGAAAAUUUUGGUACGCGCCGCGGUGUUUCUUCGAAUAAAUACGGUACAAGAAUCGAUACUGCGAUGACGUAACUGGAAAUCUAUUUUAAAAUUUCUCUCUUUUUCUUACAGCUUGAGGAUUCUCAAACUUGCCAAAAGUUUGAUUUCCUUAAAAUCGAAUUUAAAGUCGGAUACAACCGGCAACACGUGACCUUGUGUGGACAGGAACCCUCUCGCCAAGUCAGUUUAAAGAUAGAUGGGACAGAAGUUAAAAUGAUUUUUCACAGUGAUCCUUCUUUUGCUGAAAGAGGCUUCAAGAUCAGCUACCGGGCUUAUGGUUGGUAUAUCAAUUAUUAUAUAUGAAGUAAAAUAUACCGCGGCAGAGUUGGCAUCUGAUGAUGACAACCUCACGUAUCUCGACACACCAAAGCAACAGCGUUAACACCAUGAACCUAAGAUACCUUAAGCAAAAGAUUUUCGUUUUUGUUUUCCUUAAUAACAUUCUGCAAAAUUGCAGCUGCGAACGAAUUCUAAACAGUUGUUAACGGUAAGAAAAAGAAAAUUUUAUAAUACACUUUGACUCUGAAGAUGACUACCGCACAGGUUGUCGAAACGCCAGUCACUGUCAACAAGAACAGUCUUAUUCAGGACUACGUUCACCCGGACGAGCAUACUAAAUCAACUUAUGAAAUGACUCCUGGGUUCAAACCUUUCACAAAAUGAAAAUUUAAACAUAAAAUUUCUUACCUGCGUUUGAUAACAGUGUUUAUUAUAAAUAUGGCUGAACCCGCGAGUGGGCGAAAUGAAGCGAAUCCUGUCUUCUCAUUGGCUACCUGAGCGCGCAAGACGAGUCCAUCUUGCCCGCUCGGGAUUUCCCACUUUGGUCCCGCGAGAAAAAGUUCCCUUUUUGGCUAUAUAAUAAAUCCUUUAUUGCCUAAGCUUGAUCGGUCAAGGUGGCUGGAGGUCUAUUGGCCUCGUUCUUUAAUUUUUUGCGUUUUUAUUGACCUCGACUUCUUCUCGGCUACAAAUAUUCAAAAAAGAACUUGGCCAAUAUUCAGUCAUUUCGGCCUCGUGUUUGGUCAAUAAGGUAGCGUAUGUAUUGACUCUCUCAAAGAGGUUUUACACAAAGCUCGAAGUUUGUUAUCAGUGAAUAGCCUGCAGAAAACCUUCCUUAAAAAGAACCAUGAAUUUCUGCCCUUUCAUGAGCAAAAAACAGCAUUCAGAGUCCCUACUGAUGAAACAUUUCCAUAGACAACAAAUAUCAACAUCAGUAUUGAAGGAAAGUCUCCAAAAUUUACUAACAAACUAACGCAAAGCAAAUGAUGUAGCCAUGCGUAGUGCAAGUUGAGCCAAAGAGACUCAGGACUCAACAUUUCGCUAAGAAAAGUUUUAUGGCCACUUAUUUAAAGCCACGUUCUAAGUAAUUUCCAGUUUGUCCCUUAAUUCUAUGGUUGUGGUAUCUAAGCGUUCUUUGCUGCGAACAGUGCUAAGAAAACAUGACUUGCAGAAUGGAAAGAAACAUCUAUUUGAAGCAAUCCACCUACAAUGGAAAGAUUUAAAUACAGCUAAUACCGCUAACUAUCUAUUCUUUUCUUUCCCACAUCACCAUCCAUUUGUCUCGGCUUAGUUCAUGGUACAUAAAAACAUCAAAGAAAAACUUUCAUUGCAGAUAUCGAUCCUUGCUUGGAGAAAAAUGGUGAUUGCUCCCAUUUUUGUAACUUGGUUAAGGGAAAGCGGAUUUGUUCGUGUCCCAGUGACUAUAAACUGAAGUAUGAUGGGCGAACCUGUCAAGGUUAGUAUCGAAAAGACUUAUGCCUUUGUGUAGAGAGGGAGGGAUAUGUUGUUCCUUUGUGCUAUUGGAGUUUUGGGGAGGGAGCGGGGGGACUUGGUAAAGAAAAAACUCCGCUCGCCAAAGUUUCGCUAUCGUGAGGGUAACUCGCCAAUUUUUUAUUAUAAUUGGUGGACGGUAUCCAGUGACAAACAGUGUUCGAUCAUUGCUCACAUCGUCGACUAAACGACCACAGAAAUCCUUGCCCCGAAAGAUUGUUCCUAUUCUUCCUGGAGUGACAGGCAGUUCCCAGGGGCCCUUUUACUCAAAAGUCCCAGAAACUUUUCAGGCCCAAAAUCAAAUAUUCAAGUUAAAUUCUUAAGAAUUAAAGUACGGACCUUAGCUAACAAACCAGUCAAUUUUGGUUUUGUUACUCUGAUAGUUUUAAGUUAACUGCCAAACUACUGAAACCUCGAUCUCGAAUGUAAACAACAACGACAAUUUUCCGGGCUCGUUAAUUAUUGGAAUUUCGAGAAACGGGCCGCAGUGGUGUCAACAGAGGUGGAUCUAGGGAGAUCUUUGGGUGUUCGUGCUUACAAACUCCUUCGGCCAAAAUCCUACAGUCAAACACAUGCCAAACAAGAGCGGUAUUCUCGCGUGGCUGAAACUACACUUGUCCAGCAGCUGUGUCUGAGAACGCUUGUACUUACCUGCAACGUUUACUAAGUUGUUCGGCACUGCACAUCUUCUCUAGGUCUAUGGCUGCCUAGCUACAUGUAUUAAACCUGUAACUUCAAUAUACGCCGAAUUUUUGUUAUAGGCGCAAAGAGUUGCUACUUCGUGGGAUACUCUAAGUGCCCUUAUAGCUCCAGUAGUACUUGUAAAGACCUCCCCGACGGAAAGACUAGGUGCGAAUGUUGGCGUGGUUACAAAGAGCAAAAUGGCAAAUGUCAAGGUAAGCACCAGAGCCUAGCCUGCGACUGUUUGGCGCGAAAAAGUAUGGGGCGCGAGAUAAGCGAUGCGCGCGGGAGAGAGGAAACAUCUGUCCAACUGGCGAAUAGAAAUUGUUCCGAGAGCGAAAAAUUCCCAUUGGCGUUUAGCACUCCGAGGGAAAAAAGUGUUCGUUUUGGAAGAUUACCAAUCAGUGAAAGGAGAAUAAACGAGUCAAAAAUAGUAUUGAGGGGUAUGUCAAAAGAUUUAAUAGAUUGUUAAAUGGCUAUCAACGUAUCACUCAGCCCUAGUGUAACUGACUUUGAAAGGUGGAAACGGGCUUGUACUAACAAUGUGUUACUCUGUUUACUUAAGAAAUUGAUGAGUGUAAGGAGAAGCCAGGUAGAUGUGGAGUGGGAACCUGCAGGAACUACAGAGGCUGGUUUAGUUGUCGUUGUCCAAGAGGAUAUCGACAUAGUGGAUCGACAUGUACCGGUACGUGAUGCACAUACAUUAAAUUUUUGUUUGAGUUAUAUCCUUCCAUUGAUGCAUUAAUUUUUAAAGCAGUUAAACUGGACAACGUUUUGGGCGAAAAGUCCAUUUGACGGCCUUCGCUGUUGCUCUUUGCAGAUAUUGAUGAAUGUAAAGAUUACAGAGCGCCAGAUUGCGGGGAGGCCACAUGCCUGAACACCCCUGGAAGCUACGUCUGUCAGUGCGCGCCUGGUCACCAGCUGAUUAAUUCCGCUUGUCAAGGUAAGUUCAUUCAACCAUAAAUCAAAGAGAAACGCGCUUCUUUCUUCCCUUUCCGUUUCUUGAAGCUAUAAUGGCAGACGCAAGUGUUCAGAACGCUUAGAUAAGUAACGCCAAGUUCAUGUAUCUGAUGUACUUCCGAAUGCUGCUUCGGUUAGUCGUGCUUAGAAAUACUGCGUCGGAGGACGCAUGUAAUUAAUCAAAAUCAAAUUUAUAGAAUGUGUCUAAACUCAGUUUCACUCACUCACUGACUUCCCCUUUGAUCCGCAACUAUCUCGGUACCACAGCGUCCUACCUAAGCUCAAUCACUUCAGUCUAUCAUUCGGGUCUCUUAUAAUCAUUACGACAGUAAAUUACCUCAAGGCCACACAGAACAGGUCUUGAUCGGAUCGAGAUUUAACUGAGUGGGAAAAAACUUUAUGUUUUAUAGAUAUUGACGAAUGUAGUACAGGUACUCAUGGAUGUGAUCACAUGUGUAGCAACACCAAAGGCUCCUACAUAUGUCGCUGUCGCCCGGGAUAUUUCCUUGAUAGCGAUGGCAAAUCCUGCCGAGGUAUUUUUCAGCUCUUUAAUUUAAGAACAGCUUUAAUUUAAUAAGUAUUGGAGGAUGAGUGAAAGGCAUACGCGCCUAACAGCUUAACGUAACAACAAACGUAUUGUAAAGUUAUUUACCGAUGACGCGAUCACGUGACUUAAGCGGAGACCAGGUGUAGAGUAUCAAGCUGCCCUCCCCUCAGUAAAAAUCGGAGAAGGGGCGUCUGUGAUUUACCUUCGCUAAUCGUGUAUGGAGGCCACAUGAUUUUCCCGGAAUGUGUGGGAAACGAUUUAAUUGGCUGUUACUCGUAGAUGACUACCUCAUGUAAAUGAGGGAUCUCGAUUGGCUUUAGGGCCUGUCGUCAAAACAUAGCAGGCAACCAGAAAAUCAUCAUGCAGCACGCGAGAAUUUACUGCGCUUGGUUGCUCGCUGAAAUCUUUCCGAAAUAUGUUAAUGCUGUAGAAUGGGAGAAAACAAUAAAGAGGAAAUUCGGGGAUUGUAUAGUACACUGAUCAAUUACAGCACUGAAAUUUUGUAAAGAAAAUGUAUCAACGAAUUUUGGUCCAAUCGCCGUUUUUGAGAAAGUAGCCUUAUAAAUUAUAAAAAGAGCUCAGCAUUGCGUUUUACUGAUUCACAUGUUUUCAUUUCAUGUUUCAUGUCUACUUGCGUUUAGCUGGUUGUAGAGUGUAUUAGGGUCAUUUGCAAACGAAUGAGUGAUAACAUCUUUUCGGAAGCAUCCAAAAAGUAGCAAAUUUGUCUGUAUUAAGUCCAGCCUUCAGUUCAUGCAUAAUUUAUACCCUUUUUGUAGAAAUUCCAAGAUAUCUGGAAAUUCCUCCUAUAGAUUUUUGUGAAACUUCGCACAACAGAAGACAAGCACCCAAAGAUUAGGUAUCGUAAAGCAUUUCCAUAGUUAAUGCCGAUAGGGGCAGGAAUUCGAUUUAGAGCUAAAACUAUUGUGACGUCAUUGUCACGUGAUAUUUAUUCGGAUCGCCCAAAAAAUAAUAUCAUAAUAAAGUUAAGUCUAUGUGUAAGAGUGAUAAUGUUUUUACAAUAAAGAUGCUGAUCAAUUUAUUUAAGCAUAAGAGACUCGAAGAUGGAAGGUGUACCUACAAAAAUACUGGGGCGAGCCACCUUAAGAUUCAGCAACCUCUGAUAGAUUGUGAUACGCAGCACAGAUUGAUCAGUGUGCAAGAUGGCUUUAAAAGAGUCCAGCGCGCUUACACUUGUAUUGCUCUUAUUUCAGCGGUAAGAGUUGAAGGCCUCGGACAAGUCCAAACCAUCGAGACUUGCCAAGGACAAUCAUUAGUUCUCGAUUGUAAAGACGAGAAAAGGGCACUGGUCAUUUUCAAGGCUGUGUACAGUAACUUUGAUUCAAAUGCCUGUCCUAGAAAUAAAAGCAGGCAGAACCUGCCUUACAAUGUCACCCAACCUCAGUGUGCAGGGGACGUCACAUUCAUGAUAAAGAAUCUUUGUGGAUGGCGCAGACGAUGUGACAUUGUAGUAAGCAGUACGACCAUUGGAGAGUUGUGUACGGACAGCUAUAAACUGACAGUCCUGUAUUCAUGUGGUAAGGUGACAUACACAGUUAGUUUACGUAAGAAGGUCGACGUGGCCAGCGGUAAAGUCUAACACAAGUUAACUAAGUUAAUAGAAAAAACGGCCGAUUUCGCGGAAAAGUUCGGAACAAAUUUCGCCGAAAAACGAUCGUUAAAAAAAGCCAAUUUCGCGGACAUUUUCUGGGCAAAUUUCGCUAGAAAGCGAUUGGUUUUGCGAUGAUUUCACGAACUUUUUAAAUAAAACAAAACGGCAAUUUUGCCAAUUUUUGGUGGGGGGACGGUGGGGGAAUGAUGAGAGUUACAAAAGCCAAGAUUCGUCCUAAAGGAGAGCGGGCUCUGGGUACGAGACUGACAAUCGGCGUGGGCGUUUUUCUUCAUAUAUUUUCCUUGGUAUAUUGUUAAGAUAAAAUGUAUAAUGUUUACAUUUCGAACGCGACUUUGUUAAUAUUAGUUAAUAAAUCAAUGAACCAUCAAAAUUUGAAAUACUUAGCCCAAAAAUUGUUAAAAUUGAAGAAAUUCCUCGUUUUCAAUGACGCAAUUGUGCAAGGCCGCAGUUCGAUUCAGGCAUCAGAGUUCCGCGCAUGUCUGUAAAAGUACCCGGCAACCGUUUGGUCUGCCGCUUGGUUUGGUAUUCUUUAUAUAACUGACUUAUCUUAUUCUUAAACACACGAACGUUCUGUGAGCACUUAAAGUUGAUCCUUUCCGUUCUUCAAUAAUUUAAUUUGUUUGCCUCUCUAAACUUAGACUGCAAAACAGUCCGCAUUUCUGCGUAUUCAAGUACGCACGAACAGUCAAAAAAAAGGUCUGGAGCGAGGCUGAAAACGGAGAGCGAGACUGAGGCUCUUACGCUACACUAAACGGACUGUUUUGCAGUUUACUCUAAACGGCGGGGAAUGUCUCUACGACGGACACUUAACAGGAGGCGCGGUGCAGAAAUACUGUUUGUUUUAACCCUUAUUUGAACCUUAAUAUCUGUCAUAUCUUCACUUAAAUUCUCCUUUGUUGUCCCUACGCGUUUCUUAUAGAAGUAGUGAGGAGAAUUUGUUAAAGUAUCAAUAUACCUUUAUGAUCAUGCCUUCAAUUCUCCUGACCAGUCUGUUUUAUAAAGCAUAGAUAUUACAAGGAGAAAUUUGAUGUUGAUCACUAAAAGAAGGUCCAACCUAUGCAUUAUUCAAGCAAAUAAUUUUCAUCCUUCCACGACCACACAAUACCGCCAGCUACGCAGGCUAGUGGUUACAAAACUUGAUUAAUAUCACUAACAGUUACCAUAGCACUAAACAUCCUUUUAAAUUUCUACCAAUCCGCGGACUCAAAAAACAGAAAAAAAAAAUGUCCGCUAACGGCAUAAACAUGUGCAACCUACUCAGUUUCUGCCCUGUCCUUCAGGUAAACCUCUCACGUGCAAGUAUUCGCCGCCGAAGUUGUCAUGCCCUGCUGCAGAACAGAAUGAAUGCACCUCGGACGAGUCCUGCCACAGCUCUAAAAUGUGCUGUUUUAACGGCUGCAUAAAAACCUGUGUACCUCCUUCCUUGUACUCAGGUUAGUGUGACAGAUGACGCAAGCGUUCAUGUUGGAUUGAAAGUUCGGUACAGUUUGGAUACCCUGUACGCAAGCAUAUUGGCAGGCGUUUGUGAUCGUUGACUUUAGAAUGUGCAAGUUGGUCAUUAGUUGAUGAUAGUAAAAGGGCGGCUUUUUGGUUAGACAUUCAACUGUCCGAACUGUAAAGUUUCAGUUUAAAGUACCCUUUAGGCCCGUUUCAAUAGCCUAAGGAAACAGCUGCCAUUUCGCGACGUCAGCACUCAGUGGUUUCCCAGCGAAAUGACGUCUGAGGAACGAGCGCAGAAAUCCAUACUGUGAGAUUACGUGUAACUACCCAGACCUGGAUAGUGCUUCUAAUUGGUUUAAGCAUAUUUUCAACCAAUCAGAGUUACUUCCCAGAUCUGGGAAGUAGUUCUGAUUGAUUUAAGCAAAUUUCCCACGCGUCACGACCAAUCAGACACACCACCAAGAUGUAAGUAGUGACACGUCGUCAUUAUGGAAUUUCUGCGCCCCUUCCUCAGACGUCAUUUCGCGGGGAAACCACUGAGUGGUGGCGUCGCGAUAAGUCAGCUGUUUCCUCAAGCUAGUUUCAACGAUUUCAACACGAAGCUUUUCUCUCGCACGCACUGCAAACGUACGGGCGAGAUUGAAUAAGAUUUGACCAAAACGCAAAAAAUAAAAUCACUUAAGAAACACUUGUUGCAGCUUUGAAAAAAAAAAACUUAAGACUUUUUACCGUUUCUCCAGGCUUUCUCUCUAUUUUCCAGACUUUUUCCAGGUCUGGAAAAUUGCUGGGCAAAUUUCAAGGCUUUUUCAAGAAUUCAAGACUCUGUACGAACCCAUGUGUAAAUAG